UAAUCAAACCAUCCCUUGACACCUACUCUACCUUUAUAAAUGAUAACUCCUCCUCUUCUCCCAACACAUCUUCUUCUUGUUGCAAAUAAAGUGAGACAAAAAAACAUCAAGCUAUUCAUUCUAAGAGAGAAGAUCAAAAUUUAGAGAGAGACCAAGAAACAUGAAUAACCAGAAUGUAAAUGAUAAUAACCUUCUUCUCAUUUCUCGGAUGUACCCGAAUGUCUAUGCUUCAUCAGUACCACAACAAGUAGAUUCAAAACCAGUGCGUCCGAGGAGGAGGAGGAAGAGCAAGAAUGUUGAGAUGGCCCAGGAAGGUGGAGAUGGAAGCAAUGGGUGGUUUAGGAAGAGGAAAUUGAGUGAUGAGCAAGUAAGAAUGCUGGAGAUGAGUUUCGGGCUUGAGCAUAAGCUUGAGUCUGAGAGGAAAAACCGUCUUGCUUCGGAGUUAGGGCUUGAUCCUCGUCAAGUGGCCGUCUGGUUUCAGAACCGCCGUGCACGGUGGAAGAACAAGAGGCUUGAAGAUGAAUACACCAAACUCAAGAACGAACACGAAAACGUUGUCGUUCAGAAGUGUCAUCUUGAUUCUGAGGUUCUUCACCUAAAGGAACAGCUUUAUGACGCUGAAAUAGAGAUUCAACGGUUGGCACAAAGAGUCGAAGGAGCCUUAAGCAACAGUCCGAUCUCAUCUUCUAUCUCCGUCGAAGCCAAUCUGACUACGCCCUUUUUUGGAGAUUACCAAAUCGGAGACGACGGUGAAGGUUACGAGAACUUGUUCUACUCGCCGGAAUAUAUCGAUGUAUUAGAAUGGAUGAGCCAACUUAUGUGAAAACAACUAGUUAACUUAAUUAGUAUAAAGUUCGUAAAAUGAUAGGGGUUAUUUGUGAUAACUAGGUUAUAUAUAUAUAUAUAUGAUUGGUCGCUAUCUAUAACGAAGCAGAUUAGCAGAAUGUAGAUAGAACAAUGGGUCUGAUUAGAUUGUGUAAUAUUGUGCAUAUCUUCUCUAAGCAUAAUUGCUUAGUUAUUAAUUAGGUUGAAAGUUGCUUUAAUUAGUUUGACAGUAUGGUCAAUGUUGGACAAAAGAUAUAAAUUAUGAUUUCUCUUUCUUGUAAGAUGUUUAAUACAUAAAAUUACUUGCUAUU